AUGACUGGACUACCACCAGCAGUACCACCAUCGGCGCCACAAGCAGCGGCCCAGGAAGGCUUUCGUAUUCGUGGCCGAAGCGCGCGCAGUCCGGAUCGUCGACAUGAGCACCAGCAAUAUGACCGCUAUCAUGACAGGAGCUCCGACCGCGAUCGCGAUCGCGAAAGAUACUAUAAUAACGACGGUCGUGGUGACGGAGAUCGAGGGCGAGGACGAGGGGCUCCUAGCCAGGGACAUGGCUACGGCUAUGAUGGAACCAGAUCACCGUCUCCGGCCCAAGGACGGUCGCCCCGUCGGCCACGGUCGUACUAUGACAACAAUAGGGACGAUGGUGCUCGCUCACGGUCUCCACCGCCCAUCCGUCGGUCGCGGGCAUACUAUGACCGAGACGAUCCUCGUUCCACAAGAUACCGAGACGAUAGUCGAAGCCGCAGCAGAGGACGAGGGACUCUUCCUGGCGAAAGACCUACCAGUCGGGGCAAGCCGAGCAAGGAGAUUAUGAUGGAGGGAUUGGCUUCACACUUGACGGAGGACGAUAUUAGCGUCGAGUUGAAACAGUAUUAUCAUGUCAAUGGCUUGGACGACGUUCGUGUCAUUUGCGACCGACAAACCAAACAGUCACGGGGAUUCGGGUUCCUCCGCUUCUCGAGCUUGCAGCAAGCAGAGUCUUUUAUGGACAAGCACUACCCGUUUCUCUAUCUCUACGGUGAUUACGAUGAAUCUCCUGGAGUGUGUAAAGUCCGGCUCGCUUUCGGGCGCGAACGGAAGGAGGCGCCUCGACCUGAUGAGGACGACUGGAUCUGCUCGAUGUGCGCCAUCAACAACUUCUCCACACGAAGCAUGUGUUUCCGAUGUCAAGCACCGAGACCAGAGCCCGGAUUUGAAGUCCCUGCCAAAGCACCAAAUGUUGGCGACAAUGAUGUUUCGCUCGAUAAUGCGCCAUCGCAGUUUCUGCUUUUUCGAGGUCUGGAGCCUUCAGUGACAGAAGAGUUGCUGGCCAAGGGCGUGGCCAAGCUGAAUAAACCUGGACCAUCGGCUAAUCAACGCGAGGAAACGGCCACUAAAAAGGGCGCCAAGGUUGCCUCGACUACCGGCAACGCGAACCUGGGAGCGAAGGAAGGUUCUCUCAGACGUGUUCUCUUGGUGCGGGAUAGAAGAAGCAAUGAAAGCUGGCGGUACGGCUUUGCUGAGUAUGCUUCUAUCGAGGAUGCACAGGCGGCUUUGACACGGUACAUUUCGAUGGAGCGGUUCACCAUUGCGUCGAAACAGGUCCUGGUCAGCUAUAUCCAUGCAGGGGUCUUUGUGCCUGUCAUGAACCCUGAGCCCGGCUCCGAGCGUUUUACAUUCAGCCCACUGAACAAUCCGGCCAUGAAGCUAGCGUAUUGGGAUGAGGCGGCAUAUGUCACCGAGCUAGCUGUGUCAAUGCCUGCACAAGCCACCACGGCAAACAAAAACUCGAUAGCUGAGCCCAAAGUAGCGAAAGACACGGCUGAGAAACCGAAGAAACGCAAAGCCCUAGCAGACGCCGACACUGCUGCCGCCGGGGGUGUCAAAAAGGCUGCUCCGUCUCAUCUUCAAUUCUGGAGCAACAGACAUGCCGAAUUGCACGGAAUCGGAUCAAAAGCCGGGAUUGGCGGCGUCGGAACCGGCGAUGAUAACGCAAGAUCGAGCGAUAAUAACAGUGACAACAUCUCAGCCCCACCGUCACAGUCGUAUGCGGACCCUGCCAGACACUGCUGCUAUCUCUGCAUGCGCCAGUUCACCAACAAUGCCGACGUCAACAAGCACGAGCGGCUGAGUGAUCUACACCGGCAAAACCUCAAGGAUGAAGCCAAGGUCAAGAAAGCAAAGGCGAAACUGGCCAAACAUGGGGUCAAGCAUGAACCUGCUGUCCUUACUGCCACACAGUACCGUGACCGGGCGCGGGAGCGGCGGAAGAUUUAUGGUGUGUUUAAUAAAAAAGGUGAACAUGUCGGUGGUGGCGGUGGCCAUGCCAGAAAACAACUGCAAGUCUCGGCAGAUGGUGGCAACGACCCUGGGACCGCCACAGCAACGACGACGGCUCAGACUGGUAUGCCACAAUCGAAGGGCGCGUCUUUGCUCAGUAAGAUGGGUUAUACGGCGGGCCAAGGCCUGGGAGCCACGGGCGAAGGCAUGACCGCCCCAAUCAGUCAGGACAUUUAUGUUGCAGGUGUAGGUCUGGGAGCGGAAGGCGGCAAAUUAGGCGAUGCUGUCGUCGAGGCCGAGAGGAACACAAAGGGCAAGUAUGAUGCUUUUGCUGAGAGGACCAGAGAAGGUGCCAGAGAGAGGUAUGCGAGGUUGGAGUAG